AGUGAUACAAACUUAUUUUUAAAGUUUCUAUUAACUACGCUAUCAGACAAAGUUCAACAAGACACGUUUUACUUCUCGAGAAGGGCGCACACGUCAGCUCGUACAACCAAUGAGAGCCGUCCUACGGCAACUCGAGGAGGACAAACAGUACCGUUUAAAAGAGUUCGCGUAAAGACGCAGGGCAUUUCUACAACGCCUAAGCGGACGGUAGAAUGAAGGUGCUUGCGAUGAAACCAGCGACCGCGGACUGAGGGCGAUCCCGUCCACUGAAUGAGCAGGACAGCGCGCUGGAUGACCAGCGGGGUUACGUGAAGUGGACCGUUGAGCUCGUGUGUUCGCGCAGAUGGCCGCGCGCCAGAGACGGCUGCCGGAGGAGUUCUUCUGACGAUGCGCGGCGGCGGCGGCGCGCGGAGCUCUCGAGCGUGAGCGGAGCGGUGCCGAGCGAGCGAAGGCGGCGGCGGCCGGAGAGGGUCCACACAGCAGCUGGCCGGCAUGGCGGCGCCCCGAAGCCGCAGGGCAUGGCUCAGCGUCCUCCUUGGACUCGUGCUCGGCUUCACGCUCGCGUCCAGACUCAUUCUGCCCAGAGCCGAGCUGAGGAAUAGCGGCCAGAAGCGCACGUCGUCCGGCCCGGGGGGCUGCGGGCUUCACGCCGGCGGGCUGAGGAGAAAGUCCGGCGGGGGCAGCGGGAGCGCGCAGUCCUGGCAGCAGCGGGAGCGCGGAGUGGCGGCCACCGGGGUGCCGCUGCCCGCCUCCAGAAAGUUCCUCUUUGUGGGAGUCAUGACCGCGCAGAAGUAUCUGAACAACCGCGCCGUGGCCGCGCACAGGACGUGGGCCCAGACCAUCCCAGGCCGAGUCGAGUUCUUCUCCAGCGAGGGUUCCGAUCCCUCCGUCCCCAUCCCGGUUGUGGCCCUGAAGAACGUGGAUGACUCCUACCCGCCGCAGAAAAAGUCCUUCAUGAUGCUCAAAUACAUGCACGACCAUUACCUAGAGCAGUUUGAGUGGUUCAUGCGCGCCGACGAUGACGUCUACGUCAAGGGCGACCGGCUGGAGAGCUUCCUGCGCAGCCUCAACAGCAGCGCGCCGCUCUUCCUGGGCCAGACGGGCAUGGGCGCCCGUGACGAGCUGGGCAAGCUGGCACUGGAGCCUGGUGAGAACUUCUGCAUGGGGGGGCCGGGUGUGAUCAUGAGCCGCGAGGUGUUGCGCCGGGUGGCACCGCACAUCCGCCAGUGUCUGCAGGAGAUGUACACGACCCACGAGGACGUGGAGGUGGGCCGCUGCGUGCGCCGCUUCGCUGGGGUCCAGUGCGUCUGGUCUUAUGAGAUGCAGCAGCUGUUUUAUGAGAAUUAUGAGCCCAACAAGAAAGGCUACCUCCGCGACCUACAUAACAGCAAGAUCCACCAUGCCAUCACACUGCACCCUAACAAGAGCCCACCACACCAGUACCGGCUGCAUAGCUACCUGCUGAGCCGGAAGAUUGCUGAGCUGCGCCACCGCACAGUGCGGCUGCAUCGUGAAAUUGUACAGACCAGCCGGUACAUGGGCAGCAGCAGUGAGCUACACAAGGAGGACCUGCAGCUGGGCGCAGCUCCAUCCUUCAUGCGCUUCCAGCCACAUCGGAGACAGGAUGUGCUGGAGUGGGACUUCCUCACAGGGAAGUACAUCUACUCCCCGGCUGAAGGGCAGCCCCCACGCAGGGGCAUGGAUGCUGCGCAGAAGGCAGCCCUUGAAGACAUUGUAAUGCAAGUGAUGGAGAUGAUCAAUGCAAACGCCAAGACCCGUGGCCGUGUCAUAGACUUCAAGGAGGUCCAGUACGGCUACCGCCGGGUGAACCCUUUGUACGGGGCAGAGUAUGUGCUGGACCUGUUGCUGUUGUACAAGAAGCACAAGGGAAAGACCAUGACAGUUCCUGUGAGGAGACAUGCCUACCUGCAGCAAACCUUCAGCAGAAUCCAGUUUCGGGAGGAUGAAGAGAUCAAUGCCCAGGACCUUGCCAGCAGGAUCAACCAGGACUCUGGGUCCCUCACUUUCCUCUCAAAUUCCCUGAAGAUGCUGGUGCCCUUCAAGCUCAGGGGGACUGGCUCUGACCACAGGGAGCCUAAGGAGAAGCGGAUCAACGUACUCGUACCGCUGGCUGGACGCUAUGAAAUCUUUGUCCGAUUCAUGGCAAACUUUGAGAAGGUCUGCCUGGUUCCCAGUCAGAACGUCAAGCUACUGGUCUUGCUGUUCAGCACAGAUAACGACAUGGAAAGGGUAAAGCAGAUAGAGCUUAUGAGGGAGUACCAUAUUCGAUACCCUAAGGCUGAGCUGGAGAUCCAGUCUGUGUCGGGUACAUUCUCCCGAGCCCUGGCUCUGGAAAUAGGAUCUUCCCAUUUCUCCAAUGACUCCCUACUUUUCUACUGCGACGUGGACUUGCUGUUUACAACCGAUUUCUUGAACAGGUGUAGAGCAAACACAAUACUUGGAGAACAGACGUACUUUCCUAUCAUCUUCAGUCAGUAUGAUCCCAAGGUUGUCUAUGCUGGAAAAGUCCCUAGCGACAACCACUAUGUAUUCACUUCCAAGACAGGUCUGUGGAGACAGUAUGGGUUUGGCAUUGUCUGCAUAUACAAAGCAGACCUGGUCCGAGCAGGGGGCUUUGACCUCUCUAUUCAGGGCUGGGGUCUGGAGGAUGUGGACCUCUUCAAUAAAUUUGUCCAAUCAGGGAUCAGACUGUUCAGGAGCACAGACACGGGCAUAGUGCACGUCCAUCACCCUGUGAUGUGUGACCCCAACCUUGACUCCAAGCAGUACAAGAUGUGCCUUGGAUCCAAAGCAUCAUCGUAUGGCUCAACGCACCAGCUGGCUGAGCUGUGGCUGGAGAAGAAUGACCCUGUACUGGGGAGAACUACGAGCAACUCCAACAGAUCUAGGACAACAUGAACCCUGCAUCAUGGGGAUGUGCCUUCGCUGGUCAUCUUAACUAUCUAAUUUAUUUUAUAAACUCAAAUAGACCAUGUUGAUAAAUUUUGAAUUUUUUUAAACCCAAACAUUCAUAUUGGGGUACAUUGAAAAGUAAGGCUGAGCCUAAGAGCAGGGAUAAAUUUUAUCACAUUCAGUAACUUUUUUUUUUUUUUUUUUUUUUU